GGUCUGUGCUGUGUUUAAAAUUCAAAUUCGAAAUUAAUCGAAUUAAAUAUUGCAAAAAUAGUCAACAAUUUGCUGAAUUCGUUUGCCAAACGAGCGGAACCAACAACAAAACAUUUGAAUGACGAAUUUAAUGAGCUGAAAAAAACGCCAAUCACUUUCACACAUUGCAUAGAUGAAAAUUGAAACAGCCGACAACAAAGACGAGCAGCGGCCGUCGACGCCGACGUCGACUGAGGCAGCGACAGCGACUGUGGGCGCAUUGAUUACAUUUUCAUAAUCAACGAAAUACAAGAAAAAGCAACAGCAACAAAAAAUAACUCACAAAAAAGUAAAAAGAAAAAGAAAAAGAAAAAAGUUGCAGUUGGUUUCAAUGAAAAUCGCAUAAUGGAGACAACACCUGAAUCGUGUGGCACAGCACGCGAUUCUGUGGAGGCGUUGGAACUGGAGGCGGAUACGGCGGAGACAGAGGCGGCAGCAGAGCCAGCGACAGCAGCAGCAGCAGCAGCGGCAGCGGCAGCAACAGCGACUGCGAUUGCAGCCAACAACAUGUCCGAGUUAGAGCCCGCAGCUCUGGAUGCUUUGGAUGGGGACAACGACCAACAAAAGCAAAACAACGAUUCGCUGCAGCCGCAUUCACUGGAGCCCAUCUCCAUGGACGAUAUACCGGAGCCCAUCAAAGUGCUGGAUGAUAUCAUAUCGGAGUUCGAAGAGGCAACCACCAAGCCGGCAGCACUGCAUUGCAACAGCGGCGAGAAUCAAUCAGAAGACGAUGGCUACAUGAGUCUGAGUCGCAAAAACAUGUCUAAAAAGGACUCGGAGGAUGUGCCACAAACACCCAGCACGGACACCGUGCCCGAGGGCAGCUUCAACGAGGUUGAUGGCACCGCUGAGAAUCUAACCAAAUUAUCCGAGGCGGAGCACAGCAGCCAGGAAGCGACAACGCCGCUCAUACAGACAACGCUGCCCAAGGCACGUAGCGCCAAUUCGACGCCAGCCACCAGCUCCAACUACUCGAGUCUGCCCUGUUGUGGUGCACGUGCCUCAAAUUUGACUGCCACCUCGACGUGCAGCUCGUCGAAUGGUCUGGAGGCGACAGCCACACGCACCGGCAGCUGCAAUGGGGAGCGCAAUGUGCUGGGCAUAGACAUCAGCGCGGUGCACAAUGCCGUGCUGCGCGGCAAUCUGGCCAAGUUGCCGGAGCCAAUGCUGAACGAGCAUCCUGUGACCAUCUAUCCAGGGCCAUCGGCCAAGGCGAGUGGCGACGGUGGGCGCGGCAAGCGUUUGGUGGAGAAGCACAAGGCUGUGUGCCACAUGCUGAAUCCACAUUCUAUUAGCUCCAGCUCCUCGUCGGGCUCGCAGCACACGUCCAGCGGCGAGGCCUCGCCGGCGGCGUCCAAUAUGAACGUGGCCACGGCCAAACAGCAGCAACUGGACGACUAUUCCGAGGAUUCCUUGGAGGAGUCAACCAUCUCGACAGACCUAACGCCCGUCAAGCAGAACGGCGUCGCCUGGGAGAUACACUUCAAGAGCAAUAAAAAGAAGUCCAGCGGCAGCGCAAAGAAAUCAAAUUCGACAGCCGUCAAAAAGCAGCAGCAGCAGCAGCAGGAUAACAAUCUGGCUGAUUUCAACAAGAGUUUCGCCUACAACGAACAGAGCAUGCUGGGCAAGGGCACCUUUGUCAUACGCCGCUCCACGGGCAAGAAGCCGCCACGUGCCGCUGACAUUUUCUGCAUACCAAAGCCGCCGCGCAGCUCCCUCGGCGCCGGCGCCAUUAGCAACGAGUUCUAUACGAGCGACAGCGAGCCCAGUGAAUCGACGCCGUUGCCACCGCCACCGGCGCCCGCCGAAAUCAAUUUCAUCUACAAAGAGUGCGAAGCGGCAGCGGCGCAAACGCGACGUGGCCUGGAAAUGGCAGCGGCACACAGAGCUGCGCUCUCCUUGGAUAUAGCCGAGGCCACCGAGCAUCUGAUCAAUAAGCCGAUCAAGAGCAAGACGGCCAUGUUGACGGAGAAGCGUCUCAGCGCCGAAUCCAUGCCGGACAACACCUCCAGCAGCGAGGAGUUUGACGAGGCGCGUCUCAAUGGCAACGGCUACGAGCUGUACGGCUAUAAUGGAAGUGAACAACGCGUCUCGACAGCGACCACGCCUCACACAGAUCUGGCGCCUACCUUGGAGGAGGACGAGGAGUCUGACUUUAGCUACGGCUGUGCGCCGCUCAAGCAGAUCGAGCACAAUAUCAGCGCGCUGCUGCGUGGCGAUAUACCGCUGCCUGGCCAGCUGAUUCAGGCGAAUGGCUGCAGCAGUGGAGCUGCUGCAGUUACUGGAGGUGGAGCUGCCACUGGUGCUGCUGCUACGACUGCUGCUGCUGCCGCCGCCGCCGCUGCUGCUGCCGCUGCUGCUGCUGCUGCGGAGCUGCAUGCCAAACGUGUGCUGGAGUUCCGUCCGGGCGUGCAUAAGUCGGAGAGCGCGAAAGAGAUGCUGUUAUCGCAGAACAUCGGCUUUGGCCCGUUGCCACCGUCGCCGCCCAGCUCCAAUCCGGACAUGUUCGACUAUGAUGCGCCAUUGCCGCCGUCGCCGGUGGAGCCACGCAAGCCACUCGAGCUGCCAGCAGCUGCAACAACGGCAGCCACUGCCAAUCGUGGCACCACCGUGGUCGAGGUGCACGCCACUGCCUCGGGCGCUGCGGUGCAUAGCAGCAAUAGCCAUACGCGACGCAGUCGCGACAACGUGGCUGCAGUGCGUCAUUUCAACGAUGAGCUGCCGGCGCCGCCAGCACCGGCACAUCAAUCGAAUAGCUUUGUCGACGGCUUGCCAGGUCCACCAUUGGCGCCAGCCGUGCCGCCACACCGUGCGGGUCAUUCGUUGAACACGAUGAAAUCGUGGAGCAUUGAUUCACAGUAUCGCAAGAGAUCGCCCAAAUUGUUUGGCUAUAGCAGCGGCAGUGGCAUCACCACGCCCACUGGCUUGGGCGGCAUGCCGCCGCUGCCACAGCCGCCGAUGGGCACCAUCGGCUCCUGCGAUGGCGGCUCUGUGGCCGGCACGGGCUCCUAUCAGCGACGCUAUAUCAACUAUGGCACCAAGCGCAGCUUGAAGCAGUCGCCGCGCGAAGAGCAUCGCCUGCAAACCUCAUGUAGUCUUCCUGAAACGCCAAUCUUUGCCAGAGGCUGUGACAUACCACGUACGCCAUAUCGUCGCCAAAAUGAUCCCAUUCCUGUGAGUGGCUCCCGCACAGCGCCACGUUCCAGCACAUCGAAUAGCAUCAAUAUGGGCAACUCCAUCCUGGGCAUAGGCGCUGGCGCCUAUGGCACCGCUCAAAUCUGCCGUCAGCGUUCGAUCAAUCACGCCUUAGCCUCCAAUGAAAUGCUGCGCAUGACUGGCGCUCCAGCACGCGGCUGGUAUCCCAAGCAGCGCAACAUGCGUCCCGCUUCCACGGAGAACAUUGAUCGCUUGGCCUCGGUGCGCGUCUGGGACAAUCCGGCUGGCAUGUCCGGCACGGGUCAAUCCCGCAAGCCGCUCACCCUGCCGCCCAAUCUGACGCCCUCCUUCUUGAACAAGUCGCCGCGCGAAGCGCUACGUCGUGUCACCAGCUUGCUAAUCACCAAGAAGAAGCACAACAAGGAGCGCAAGCACAAGGCCUACAGUGAUCUGCCCAUGGAUGACAGCAAUAGCAAGCAUGCCUAUGAAUUUGAAACUGGUUCCACCAAGCGCAAGGAGAGCAGCAGUCGCAGCAAGGACACUGCCGCCGUUGCUGCUGUCGGUGCCACGCCCAAGGCCAAAAAGAAGGGCCUCUUCAAGACGCUGUGGAAGCGCACGAAAACCGCCUCGCUGGAUCAAUAGAGCAGCCAAAACAACAACAACAACAACAACAACAAAUUAUAUACCAAAUGUCAACUUGUUUACGAACGAAGCCAAAACACUGCCCCAACAUCCCAGCUAAUCCAACUACUUUGGAUAUGCACACACACACACUCAUAUAUAUGUACAUGUAUAUGUUUUUAAAGAACGUUGAUAAUAACCGCACCUCUAUAUGAACACACACACAUAUAUAUAUAUAUAUGUAUUAUAACCCGAAACUCACCUGCUCAGCCAUCAAUUUCAAUCACGCGCAUACGAUUCGAA